AUGAGUUAUUCUAGAACAUACAGAAAUUCGCAUGGAGCUGAUAUCCGAGGGCAAGGAAUGAGAUCAGGAGGCCAUGAGUCGUACAACGAUGGAAGCGAAAUGUCGAAGGAACUGGAUCAAACUGGGCAACAAACAAAUGACGAAACUUCAUCCAGAAAGCAAAGGUAUUAAGCUUAAUUCAAGCCCGGGCUGAUGAUAUUUGUAUCUGAGAAACCUUUCUUCCUGUUCUCCCUGUGACUAAGAUCCGAAUUUCAAAAUGCCUCUCCGUGUAUGGCAGUCGAAAUUUUCUCGUUUCGGUGAUUACACAAAUACAAACGUCCAUGUUCCUUGUCUUCUUCCCCCAAUCGCUACCCUUUUUCGCAUAACCUACCCGAAAGCGAAGAAAAUUAGACAGCCAAACACCGAUUAUUUAGAAAAUUCAGCUGUCUGCCUGUCCUCAGAUGCCAGAUAUAAGUUAGGCUUGCGAAAAACUUUAAAAAAUUCGUUUUAUUUGUGCUCGUAGAAAUGUCGGCUUUACCAUGUUUAGACCGGACGAAAGAAAGAGGGCACAAAUGGAGCAAGGUAUUGAAAGUUAAUCUUUAAAUUAGCCUUUGAAACCUCAAAAAGUAUUGAAAGUUAUAAGGACCUGGAAGGCGAUCGUCGCCAAAGGACUUUACGUUCAUGUGGCCCCUUACUUCAAAGCUACUGAAAAUUGCAUGAUGCACAGGCGCGGAUCUAGGAUAAAUACUGACUGAUUUCCUAAACGAGCGCCGAAGGCGCAAGCUUCUAGGGCGGUCCAGUGGCAGACUGCCCCAGGGGAGUUUUUGGAUUUUAACUCCUUUAAGUCCUCUUUCCUGCAUCGGUUUCCGAGUCAUUUGGACGGGAUAUUCGCCAGAGUUCAAUUUGGAAAGUGUUUUAUUUAAUUUUUGUUGAAAAUAUAUUUAUUAUGAAAAAUCUGACCGAUUUCCGUAAAACGCUGGAAGCCGGUGUGGAUCCGCGCCUGAUGCAAGGAAGUUUUGCGUGGCCUAUGAACAACCUUCUAAAUGGUUUCACAGAUCAAUCUCUGGCGGUGUCGUUUAUCACCGAACUUUGGUUACUACAGAAUGAUGGCAUGGAUCCCAGAUUUACCAUGUUACAACCCUGGUGAUGGGCACCAUCAUUGACCAACCACAGAUUCUACAAUACCAAGAAGUUCCCAGCUUGUGGAGUGGGGGGCGGAGGGCUGAAGAAAUGCACAAGCCAUGAUACUCUUAAAAAGAUGACCUUCUUUGUAAAAUUUUAGAUAAUUCUUUAUUAUGUAAUAAUUUUAUACUCUUCACUUAGUGGCCAAAAAGGAGAUGGAAGAAGCAGAUGCUCGCCGUGAAGCCAGACGAUUACAGUAUGUUCAUGAAAGACCCAGCAGAGUGGGUGGUGCUGGAAAUUAUCGUACGGCUGUAAUGCAGAAACAAAAGGCCGUCAAAGCUGCAAGUAGUGGACUGGAAAUGCAGGUGAAUUGGUAGUGGUAACAGGACUGAGUGGAGUCUGAUUCAAUCUGUAAUCAUACAAGUGAUUAACAAAAUCGGACGACCGCAUAAGCAAGCAAGCAAGUUCUGCACUCCUUGCAGCUUCACUGUUUAUUCAAGCAUUCUCACGUGACUUGCUUUACUCCCCUUUUGAAAUGGAGAGCUUGCUUGCUGGCUAGGUACUCCUGUCAAUUUACCAUUGGGUUGUGCUGUAAAGAUUCAUAUUUUACAGGAAAAGAGCCCUGCCCCCCUCGCCCCCCCUCCACCUGGAUCACUACCACCCUCUCAACAAAGAACUGUCUUAAACCUCCCAUUUUGGGAUUCAACAUUGCUUAUUUACAUCCCUUUUUCAGACCCUGUCCAAGUGACCACAGUUAAGUUUCACCUAUGGCUGAGAGACUGUGUUUUCUGUCCAGUCCAUCAUUCCUGCUAAAAAUAACUCCUUUCUGUUGUAGAAAAAGCGUGAAAAGUGGCAAAGAGAAAAGAGAGAAGCUGAGGAGAGAGAAAACAGAGAAAGGAAAGCAAAAGCAAGAGAGCAGGUCAGUGCUUAAGGCAUUUUCCUGUUAUAAGAUCAUAUCACUUGUUGCCCCAAACUUGAUUGCUGCCUAAAGGCGAGGCCCUGUAGUACAAUUUUCUGCCAAGCGACAUGGCCUUGAAACAGCGACAUAGGACAGGCGGAAUGGCAAGAAACGACUCAAAGACAACUGCUACGGUGACAGAGAAAAGCGCCAAUAAAAUGGUUUAAUACUGACAGCAACAUGGCUUCCUCCUCAAUACAUGAAGCAACAGGUUUUGAAAUUCAGACUAGGGACACAGAUAACCCCCUAGGAGAGCCACAAAAGGUGAAAUCACAUUUACUUCACUAAAAAUUGAGCUUUAAGCCAAAAGAAAAGAAUGCCAAAUGAUUUUUUUUAAGAAACGGUCCAGAUAAGAACGAUAGCAACAACAGCAACGAACAUGUUGGAAUGCAAAAAAGGUGCUAACUUUUCUAUUGUCUGUACUUACUUCUGAUUGCCUUAAACAGCAAAAGUUAACAAAACUUCAUAAAGCAGUACAUAUAUUCAUGCUUACUUUCCAACCAUCUUCCAUAUAACAAAAUCUGGUCUCAGUUUGAAUAACAAAGAAAUCCUAUGUGGGGAACAUGUAAAAUUGUAAACUUUUCUUGGCUAUUGUUUUCAACUCUUGUGAUUGGUCAAAAUCUUUUAACGCAAAAAAACACCCUUUCUAAGUGGAGUGUAAAUGCAUUUUAUUGUGUAAACGGCCUUCAUGUAGGUUUAUAUUUUCUCUGUGUAAAAAUGAGAACAUUCCUAUGUGGGGAAAGCACCGUUGCCGCAUAACAAAAGAAAUUGCUAUCCACGUUACCCGGAUCAUUACUUAAGUAACUGGUGGUUUUAUCCUGAUUGCUGGUUGUAAUGCUUAUGCCUGUGUCACCCUAGGUUUGUUAUUGUUUUCCUUCUAUUGACCCGGAUGCAGUGGGGCAUCAAGCUCUCAAAUAACAACAUCAUAAGCACAUAACUUUGAUGAAAUAAAAUGUGAUUACUUUCAAAGGCUGAAAGGAAUGAAUUUCGCAGAGCUUUAAGGACCCAGGAAGCAGCUGAAAGACAUAAAGAGGCUCACAGACUGUAAGUUAGUCUUUUUUGCUUGUUUGUUUGUUUGUUCGUAAACAAUUUAUUUGACAGUGAAACCUUAAAAGGGCACUUUGUAUAAGUUCACACAAGCAGCAGUGAGUCCCAAACUUUUCUUCUCAUAUUUUCUGCUAAAAAUGACCUGUGUUAAGUCGAAUUGCCUGUAUUGAAUGAAAACUUGUUAUAAUCCUGUAGCAAAGAGGUUACACCACACUUUGAGUUACUGCAGGCACAAACUCAGUCUGAGAAAACAGCCAACAUUUUGCAACCCUACCAGGGAGGUAACCAGCUUUUCGACUACAGGGCUGUCAUUAAGAGGUGGGGGCCAGGGAUUUCCCCCAGCUACUAUGAACGUUGCCACCAGCUACUUUCAUAGAAAAAUAGCAGAAAAGUAGAACCAAAAGAAACCCCUAGCUGUCUGAUUCCCCGCCUACUUGUUCUAUUUACCCGCCAACUUAGGUGACAACCCUGAGACUAGUUAUAGGCCUGGCUGACUUUCAUUUCCACAUAUCCUGAAAAUUGCAACCAUGACUUGUACGCACUGACCUCACCAACACUUUGAGCUCUUAAGCUUUUUAGCUCACCCCAGCAAUGCAUAAUUUAUUACAAGCGGUAGAGUGAUCAAACCAAAAAUUUGUAGGCCCGGGCGUACAGGUCUUUGGGCUGGCUAUGCCCCCUGCCUAUAUAUUUUUUAGCAACUAAUAUAAUUUGCAGUCUGUCUACUUUGAACUGGUUUCUCCACGAAAUGACAUUUAAGAAUAGAGGGCCAAAAUGCCAUACUUAUGACACAUCACUAUGCAGAUCUGGGUAGUGCUUCUGAAACACAUUUCUUAUGCAGCAUGACCAAUCAGAAGCACUACCCAGAUCUGGGAAGUGACGUGUCAUCAGUAUAGAAUUUCAGUGCUUGUUUCUCAGACAUCAUUUCACAAGGAAAUUAUUGCAAAAAGCUAGCAAGCUGUCAGCUGUUUUGUCAGGCUAGCACAAACCUCCAUGAAUUUUUUCCUUGCAGAAAAAAUCAAGACUUUCUUGACAGUUUGGAGCGAAGGGGGAGAUACAAUGGUGAGAAAAACACUUCUUAA